ACAUUCUACAAAUGGUGGGUUUUUAUCAGUAACGGAGAGUUCCAGAAUUCGUGACUCGUGAUAAAGACCCAGAACUUGGAAGAUAUGGUGGUUUUAGCUCCAUAGAAGCAAUGCAUAGAAGCAAACCCCUCAAUGCUCCAAUGAUACAUGAGCUGCGCCGAGACGCUUCCUUCACCACCACUUGUUUGCAGUUAGUCGUGUGCAGGUAGUACCACUCGGACUCUGCGAUAAGGAUACCCCAUAGUCCACCGCGAUCGGACCGUAUGAUUCAGAACAUAAACUGGUCAAAUAUCUCCCUCCUUACAGACUUGCUAUCUUACUCUGCUCAACACCCUCAUCCUCCGCUCCAACCACUUUGUCACAAACCGUUCUUGCCAAUUUGAUCUCAGCCUCAAGAUUGACUCUUAUCGGUUGAUCUUUCCGUGAGUUCACAGGCCCUCCAUCCUUUAGCGAGGAAUGUGGGGCAACAAGCUCUUGUUGAAUUGCCUACUAAUUCUAUGAUCAGAUAACUCUCUCUACCUCUUCACUCUCAAAAAUCUGAAAAGGAUCCAACACGAUGUCCGCCGGAGGGGUGCAAAGCAUCAACAGUCUUGCUAUGGGGAGACUGAACGGUAAGAACGCAAUAGUCACGGGCGCUGCUGGGUAAGUGACUCACAUUCGAAUGUUUCAAUUAUCAUCAUUUUUUGUGCCCAUAUUUGAGUAUCUUGAUCAUAGUAGCAAGCCUCGAGUGGCGGCUUAGCCAGAAGAUAUGCUCGCCAAUAGAAAAUUGCCCCAGUGGACUUUGACAUUUCACGUGAUUGGGGGUCCAAUGGUCAUCCAUGGAUGUCCACCUCUGAGUCUAUGGCAUUAUUAUUUCUUUGACUUGCAUAAAGCUUAUAAUCUAACGACCUCCAUUAAUAGUGGUAUCGGGCUCGAGACUUGCAUUCUAUUUUCCAGGGAAGGUGCCAAUGUUUUGAUGGCAGAUAUUUCUGCUCCAGCACUUGAGAAAGCCAUAGCCAAGCUUCAACAACUUGUUCCCUCCGCCCUCAAGGUUGAGACCAAAGUGAGUUAUACUAUCAAUUUUCCAUUCAAACCUGACUGAUACAAUUUAGGUGUGCGAUGUCUCAAAGGAAGCUCAAAUCGAGGCUUUGGUUGGCCACCUUGAUUCAUGGGGUGGUGUAGACAUCAUGUUCAACAAUGCUGGAAUAAUGCACUCCGAUGAUGCCGAUGCCGUCGAUACUCCAGAGAAGAUUUGGGAUCUCACUCAAGCAAUCAACGUCAAGGGUGUCUGGUUCGGUUGUAAACACGCUAUUCUUUCUUUGAGAAAGCACAAGAAGACCAAGGGCUCUAUCAUCAACACAGCCUCUGUAGUCGCCCUGGUCGGCUCCGCAACUCCUCAACUCGCUUACACAGCAAGCAAAGGUGCCGUCCUUGCCAUGACCCGAGAACUCGCAAUCGUCCACGCCAGAGAUGGAUAUCGAUUCAACGCUCUCUGCCCGGCACCUCUCAACACACCUCUUCUUCAGGACUGGCUUGGAGACGAUAAGCCAAAGCGACUCAGACGAGAGAUUCACUUCCCAUCUGGAAGAUUUGGCGAGGCCAUUGAACAAGCCAACGCAGUAUUGUUCUUGGCUAGCGAUGAAUCUGGCUUCAUCAAUGGUCAGGAUUUCGUUGUCGACGGGGGUAUGACAAAAGCAUAUGUGACUCCUGAAGGACCACCACUUGCUGCGCCAAAAAACAACGCUCUACUCUCUGAACGUGUGGACGGUAUCUGAGGCACUAGAAACUAAUUCGAACAAGCCGAUAUGAUCCACUUUACAUGGAAGAUAGCUUUCGGUGCUCGAAAGAUGACUUUUACGGCUGAGAUGAUUCAUAUGAAUUCGUAGGAUAGUAUUGGCGUCUACGUGGGCGGGAGAUUAGAUGAAUUCUGCUAUUAGCGUAACGAUAGAAAGUGAAGCCAGAACUGAACAAUUGAUGAAAUUUCAACGCAGUAACAAUCUAUUGGAUCAACCCCCACCUCGUUCCACUCCACUACCGGUAGCGGAGAGUUCUUGACUAUCAAUUGCCCCUUUCCAGAUCCAUCCCAGCCAUGAGUAAUGACCCAACAAUCGGUUACCGACCUCAUACGCUGACCUACUCCCCUUCACCUUUGCUCUCUUCAUGAAUUGUCUCUUCAGCUUCCCCGCAACCUCGGGUCGUUCACGACGACCUUUCGUACCACUGGUGACCAAAUGCUCAUCUACCACUAGCUUUCUCAAUUUUGUUCUUUAAUGAUGGCAAUUGCUAAUAUGGAUACAAUAAAUAGUCACAGCAGCUGCCGUGGCAGGUACUGCCGCAGCGGGAAUGUACCUUGACGGGAAAUAUCACUUCCGGAAGGUAUUUAUCUCUUCUUUUUGGCUUAUAGAACAAUUGUUGACGUGGUGAUGCUGUCUGUCAAAGGGCAAUAUGCAAGAUUCAAAGUACCUAACGCUGCUUCAAUUCAGGAUAUAUACGAGAUGAUGGGGAAAAGAGUCGUUGAGAAAAUGUACCAGGAAGCAGGUAUGUUGCAUCUUUAUGUGACCCUGGUAGAUUGCAGAAGUACUUGUGUACAUACAACCAAUUGAGUUGUAUCUAACAAUCUUUCAAAAUAGUCAAAAACAAACGGCAAUCCCUUUAUUAUCUCUUCGAAGAAAUGGUCCAAAAACUUCCUGAUCACGAAGCUAUCGGGUCCCGUGUUGGCUGCUACACCUACGCAGAAACGUACAAACGAGCCAAUCAAUAUGCACAUUUCUUCCUCUCCCAAGGUGUCAAGCCUAAAGAUUAUGUGGCCUUCUACCUCACGAAUUCACCCGACUUUUUGUUUGCUUGGUUGGGGUUAUGGGCAAUUGGAGCUGAACCUGCAAUGAUCAACCACAAUCUUGCAGGGAAAGCAUUGAUCCAUUGUUUGAGACUCAGUGGGGCAACCAUAUUGCUCGUGGAUGAAGAUGAAGGGCUACGGGCUAAAGUCGAGGGUACCCGCACAUCAAUUGAGGGAGAACUGGGCAUGAAUAUUCUCGUUUGUGAGGAGAAGCUUAUGGGUGAGAUCAGAAGCCUGAGCACGGACAGACUGGAUGAUAUUUACAGACAGGGUGUCAAGGGAAAUUGGCCAAGGACGAUGUUCUAUAUUAGUGAAACAACCGGACUCCCAAAAGGAGUUGCUUUCCAGAUGGCACGACACUUUUUCAACGGGGCUUCAGUAUGUCCCUCGAAGUUUGGUACAUGUUUAUUUGCUGAGCUGAUCUAUAAAAGUACACAGCAGGCUAUUCCCUGCUCCGGCCACAUGAUCGCUGGUAUGAUUGUAUGCCCCUUUAUCAUGGAACCGGAGGUGUGACAGCAAUUGGGUGCCUCAUGAACGGUCUUACGGUAUGCGUGGGAAAGAAAUUUAGUACCUCUAAUUUCUGGAGGGAUAUCCAUGAUUUCAAAGCAACCUUCUUCGUUUACGUAGGAGAAACAGCCCGAUAUCUGUUAGCAGCUCCACCGUCCCCUUUCGAUAAAGGUCAUAAUCUUCGUGGGAUGUAUGGAAACGGUCUACGUCCUGAUGUUUGGAUCAAGUUCCGUGAACGUUUUGAUGUCCCAGAAGUGGCCGAGUUUUUCAACUCUUCGGAGGGUGUAUUUGCGUUGAUUAAUUAUGCUAAAGGAGAUUAUCUCGCGGCAUGUGUUGGUCAUCAUGGCCUUUUGAACAGGAGACUUUUUCACAACAUUUUCGUACCAGUCGUCAUCGAUGAAGUAACAGGUGCCAUUGCUAGACAUCCAAAAACUGGAUUUGCUUACCGACAGCCUUAUGAAAAAGGCGGAGAAAUCAUUGUUCAAAUAGACAACCCUGCAGUGUUUGCCGGCUAGUAAGUUAACCUACAACUUUUGAAAAAUCUGAAUAGUAUCUAACCUUUGUAAAAACAGCCACAAUAAUCCAGAAGCAACGGCGAAGAAAUUCGAAAGUUCGGUUUUCAAGAAGGGUGAUCUAUGGUACAGGUGUGGAGAUGCUUUACGACGAAAGAACGACGGUAGAUGGUUCUUUCUAGAUCAAGUAGGCGACACCUUCAGAUGGAAAGGCGAGAAUGUCAGUACUGCUGAAGUCGCAGAAGUACUUGGAAAUUACCCGGGUGUCGUUGAGGCAAACAUUUAUGGUGUACAACUUCCAAAUCACGAUGGACGAGCGGGUUGUGCUGCUAUCUAUCUCGACCCUUCAAAGAAAGCGACAUUUGAUUUUGCAGGUCUUCUAAAGUGA